UUGGCUGAUUCUGAACCGUUUGGCUCUUUCUCCACAAGCAAGCAACCUUACAAUGUAUCCCAAUUGCUUUUCAAUCUCAUUUUUUUAAGGAUUUAUCAAAUGCUACACUUAUGUAAUCAAAACACAUCGCUCAUUUGGGAUUUUAACUACCAAGCCGCAAUCUCGGAGUAGAUUUAUAACGCUUUAUUGUGACUAUAUUUUAGAAAAUAGCAGUGGAGGAAGAGAUUCCAUAUAAGGAGCACAGCAGAGAAGGCACCCGUUGUGUGAUCUGGACAGUUUAAACUGAAGAGGGAUUACUGUCAGUUAUCUGAAUGACACUCGGGCACAUGGUGCUGAGACUGGUGGACUGUACACUUUCAAAACAUAUUUGUUGUGAAAACAGACUUACUACUGUGGCCUAUGUCCUGUUUGCUGACCUCAUGGUGUAACCAGGUGUAAAGAUGAGCAUAAGCAGUGAUGAGGUCAACUUUCUUGUGUACAGAUACCUACAGGAGUCAGGAUUUUCCCACUCAGCCUUCACGUUUGGCAUAGAGAGCCACAUCAGCCAGUCCAACAUCAAUGGAGCCCUGGUGCCCCCUGCUGCCCUCAUCUCCAUCAUACAGAAGGGCCUGCAGUACGUGGAGGCCGAAGUCAGCAUUAAUGAGGACGGUACGCUGUUCGACGGACGGCCGAUCGAGUCCCUGUCGCUCAUCGACGCGGUAAUGCCGGAUGUGGUGCAGACACGGCAGCAGGCCUACCGAGACAAGCUGGCCCAGCAGCAGGCAGCCCAGGCUCCCCCGGCCACCACCACCAACUUGGCGGCCAAUGCCAAGAACGGAGAGAACACGGCCAACGGCGAGGAAAACGGAGCUCACACCUUAGCUAAUCUUGCACAUGCUGAUGAGGUGCUCUCUGUGUGCCAUACAGACAACCACGUCGACAUGAUGGAGGUGGAUGGGAAUGUGGCGAUUCCCCAGAACAAAGCCUUGGUGCUCCGAGGUCACGAGUCAGAGGUGUUCAUCUGCGCCUGGAACCCUGUCUCCGACCUGCUUGCCUCCGGGUCUGGGGACUCGACGGCACGGAUCUGGAACCUGAGUGACAGCAGCUCCACACAGCUUGUACUGAGGCACUGCAUACGGGAGGGAGGUCAGGACGUCCCCAGCAACAAAGACGUCACAUCAUUAGACUGGAACAGUGAGGGUACGUUACUAGCAACCGGCUCAUAUGAUGGAUUUGCCAGGAUAUGGACAAAGGAUGGUAAUCUUGCAAGUACCCUGGGUCAACACAAAGGUCCCAUUUUUGCAUUAAAAUGGAACAAAAAAGGAAACUUUAUUCUUAGUGCCGGAGUAGAUAAGACUACAAUCAUAUGGGAUGCUCACACAGGAGAAGCAAAGCAGCAGUUCCCGUUCCAUUCAGCACCUGCUCUGGAUGUGGACUGGCAGAGCAACAACACGUUUGCCUCCUGCAGUACAGACAUGUGCAUCCACGUGUGUAAGCUUGGCCAAGACAGGCCUAUCAAGACAUUCCAAGGACACACAAAUGAAGUGAAUGCAAUCAAAUGGGAUCCAACCGGUAACCUGCUAGCCUCUUGCUCAGAUGACAUGACGCUGAAGAUCUGGAGUAUGAAACAGGACACAUGCGUUCAUGAUCUGCAAGCUCACAGCAAAGAGAUCUACACUAUCAAAUGGAGCCCCACCGGUCCUGGAACCAACAACCCCAAUGCCAAUCUGAUGCUUGCCAGCGCGUCCUUUGAUUCGACGGUGCGGCUGUGGGAUGUGGACCGAGGCAUCUGCAUCCACACGUUAACCAAACACCAGGAGCCUGUCUACAGUGUGGCCUUCAGCCCAGACGGCAGGCAUCUGGCCAGCGGCUCCUUCGACAAGUGUGUUCACAUCUGGAACACGCAGACUGGCGCUUUAGUCCAUAGUUACAGGGGGACAGGGGGGAUCUUUGAAGUUUGCUGGAAUGCAGCAGGUGACAAAGUGGGAGCAAGUGCAUCAGAUGGAUCUGUUUGUGUAUUAGAUCUGCGGAAAUAACACUGCUUGUUGGAAGCCAUGGACCGACAAUGAAUGUGUACAUAGCCAAAAUGACUGUCCCUGCGCCAUGUACUGCUAGUCCCGCUUAAACCAUGGCUGGCCACUACAGACCAGAAACAAGCCCCCCGACACAGCAGAUUCAGGAGCAAGGACACGCUCUGUGCAGCAAGUCGUUAGGACCAGAGACAUUAAAGGGACACAGACAAAAAAAUGUAAAUGAAGAAAAAAAAAGCAGAUCUGUAUAUGUACCAACAUUUGGAAGCUAUUUUGCUCUUUGAUCUUUAAACCAUGCUCAUCAAGACAAAAAAAUAUGUUUUAACUUUAUUGGUAGUUCAGUCUCUGUGUGCUGACAUAUAUCGGCUUUCCAAUCCAGCGGCCGGCAGUUAGGUUUUUAACAAAAUCAUUUAUAUUAUUUCAAUGUUUAAGUUUAUAUUUUUUGGGGUCACAAGUGGAGGAGUCAUCUUUUUAUACACACUCACAAAACUGUUCUUUGAAGAAAAUCAUAUUUGCUAGUGUACGCUUUGUGGUUCAAAACAAUAUCGGGACUUGAAGAAAUGUCAUUUUUUCAAUUGUAGUUUUUUUAUUUUUUUUUUUCUAAAGAACACAUUGUUUCUCCUGACCAUAAUAUGAGUACAAAUUAACAUGGGCGCACAUGAAAGAAGAGGCAUUAUACAUCUAGAUGCUUUAAAGCCAUGUUUAUGGUUGGUUUGUGCACAAUCGAUGGCGCUAGAGAAACAUUCCAUGAUUCCCUCCUGGACAAAGCUGUACUCUGCUGUAGCUAUCAUGUGGAAACACAUCAGGUAUUGGAUCGGUUAAAGAAGAGAAGCAGACAAAUCAGUACCUAAUGACCCCCCCUAGUGUGAAGGAUUGGAACUGUGAUGUCCACUGGACCUUUCACAACAGUGUUACCACUGGGGAAACGGAGGCCCCCUUUACAACAUAUAGCUAAAAGAAACACUUGCUUUAAGUUUUCUAUUCUUCUAAUGACUACUUAGCUGAUAAUGUGUUUCUCUUACUGAUUAUUUUCAAGUACAUUUCAUAUUGCUGAUUUAUCAUAUUUGUGUCACAACAAAACGUCCAUUAGGGUUUUACUCAAAAUGGUUUACAUUUUUAUAAGGCAAAGCUUUUUUUAUUCCUGUAGAUUAUUUCCCACAAUAGAUAUUGACAGUGGUUAUUUGGAUCACAAACAAGCAAUGCUGUUUUCAGUAGAAAAAAUGUCAUCUUAAAGCAAGUCUGGGUGUUGGGCUAGGAAUCAGAAAUCACAUGGAGUAACAUACACCAUAUACAUUACUACAUUAAGUAGUUAAAAUGUUAACUGAAUUUGAAGCAGUCAUGCAACACUGUGUGGUAUAAUUGUACAUUCAUGUAAAUGUAUCUUUUCAAAUCAUUGUGAGCAGAGAAGUCCCCUACUGGUCAGUAAGCAAUCGACAGUUAGUGGCUUGUGAAAGUAUUCACCCCCCUUGGCAUUUUCCCUAUUUUGUUACCUUACAACUUGGAAUUAAAAUAUAUUUUUUUGGGGGGGGGUUGUAUCAUUUGAUUUACACAACAUGCUACCACUUUGAAGAUGCAAAAUAUUUUUUAUUGUGAAACAAACAAAAAGAAAAGAAAAAUGAACUUGAGCAAUUACAGCUGCAAGUAUUUUGGGGUAUGUCUAUAAGCUUGGCACAUUUAGCCAUGGGGAUUUUUGCCUAUUCAAGGCAAAACUGCUCCAGCUCCUUCAAGUUUGGAUGGGUUCUGCUGGUGUACAGCAAUCUUUAAGUCAUACCACACAUUCUCAAUUGGAUUGAGGUCUGGGCUCUGACUAGGCCAUUCCAAGACAUUUAAAUGUUUCCCCUUAAACCACUUGAGUGUUGCUUUAGCAGUAUGCUUAGGGUCAUUGUCCUGCUGGAAGGGGAACCUCUGUCCCAGUCUCAAAUCUUUAAGACUGAAACGGGUUUCCCUCAAGAAUUUCCCUGUAUUUGGCAACCGCCAUCAUUCCUUCAAUUCUGACCAGUUUCCCAGUCUCUGCCGAUGGAAAAACACAGCAUGAUCCCAUGCUUCACUGUGGGGAUAUUGUUCUCGGGGUGAUGAGAGAUGUUGGGUUUGGCCAAAAAGCUCAAUUUUAGUCUCAUCUGACUAGAGUACCUUCUUCCCUAUGUUUGGGGAGUCUCGCACAUGCCUUUUGGCGAACACUUAUUUUUUUUAUUUAGGCAAUGGCCACUCUUCUGUAAAGCCUAGCUCUGUGGAGUGUACAGCUUAAAGUGGUCCUAUGGACAGAUACUUCAAUCGCUGCUGUGGAGCUUUGCAGCUCCUUCAGGGUUUCCUUUGGUCUCUUUGUUGCCUCUGAUUAAUACCCUCUUUGCCUGGUAUUUGAGUUUUGGUGGACGGCCCUCUCUUGGCAGGUUUGUUGUGGUGCCAUAUUCUUUCUAGUUUUUAGUAUUGGAUUUAAUGGUGCUCUGGGAUGUUCAAAGUUUCUGAUAUGUUUUUAGAACCCAACCCUGAUCUGUACUUCUCCACAACUUUGUCUCUGACCUGUUUGGAGAGCUUCUUGGUCUUCACAGUGCCGCUUGCUUAGUGGUGUUGCAGACUCUUUGGCCUUUCAGAACAGGUGUAUAUAUACUGAGAUGAUGUGACAGAUCAUGUGACACUUAGAUUGCACACAGGUGGACUUUAAUGAAUUCUGAAGGUAAUUGGUUGCACCAGAUCUUAUUUAUAGGCUUCAUAGCAAAGGGGGUGAAUGCAUAUUCACGCACCACUUUUAUGUUUUUUUAAUAUAUUUUUUUACAUUUCACUUCACCAAUUUGGACUAUUUGUGUAUGUCCAUUACAUGAAAUCCAAAUAAAUAUAUAUUUAAAUGACAGGUUGUAAUGCAACAAAUAAGAAAAAUGCCAAGGGGAAUGAAUACUUUUGCAAGGCACUGUAAAUCAUUUUGGAUCGACUUUUUAACAAUUUCAUUUGAAAUGGGACAAAUCUGAAUAUUCACCAAUUACUUUCUAGAUAUCCAGUUAAAUGUAUUGUUUUUAAAACAAAGCAAGCCAUUCUAAUUUUAACGAUUGCAGAGUGAGGUUUCGCCUUGAUGGAACUGUGAGGAUCCAGAAGCAACUGCGAUGGCCAGGAUUCCUUGUCCCCCUUGUUUAAGCCUUAUAUCUUAUCAGUUUAUUUUUUAAGGAUAUCGCUAGACAUAGGGCCGGAUGCAUGGGCCCAUAUGAAGCCUACUCCUGGUCUUAUAAAGCACUUUCAAUGGAAACAUUGAGGAUGUUUUAGUCUUUGAGUAGGUUUAAUCAGGGUCUGCAAUUGUCCCAUAAAGUUGCAUUUUAUACAAAGUGUAGACCUUUUAAAUCUGUAUAAACCAUCUACUCUUAAGUAGAUUGCACCAUCUGGACACUAUUUAUUAUACAGUCCAUGACAGUGGAAAGGUAUUUGAGGUUUUAUUUUAUGAUAAAUCUGCUGUCUUCGUGUCUGCUUUGCCCUUCAUUUUCACGACCUGAAUUCUAAUCAUAUUUUUAUGAUGUGUAUGUCCCCUGGACAUUUUGUACUCUUUUAAAACUUUUGUAAUUCAUAUUUCUUUGUAGCCUAAAGGAGUAAAAUGUAUGAUUAUUGGGGAUACUCAAGUACUGUGUGUUCCAGUUUAAUUAUUUUUUUGGUUCCACAUUGCAUCAUGAGUGCCCACACCCCACCCUUGGUUUCUCAAGUUUUGUUUUUGCAGAUUCUCCUUACAUUGCAUUGAUCUGUUGUAAUUUUAACCAGAUCUGAAAAAAGUCCAGAAUAAAAUAUAUUUUGAUAUUAAUAUA